AUGGUUUUAUCAACGUUUUUCAACAAUGACGAGACAACAACAACAACAACGACAACCCAGGUCGCAGAAGCGACGUGGACACCCUUGGACUUCUAUGAAGCUGCCUUCGUGCCUCCAGCGACAGAUGGAUCCGCAUUGGCUAUCGAAGUACCAGGUCUCAACGCGUCACUCUACCCCUACCAGAAGAGGACUUUGAAAUGGCUGCUGCAUCGUGAGGCCUUCUUGAGCGCCGAGAAGGUGGUUAGAGGGGGCAUUCUUUCAGAGGAGAUGGGUCUCGGUAAGACUCUCGAAAUUAUUGGAUUAAUUCUGCUCCACAGGCGUCAACCCGCGAACGAGGAUUCGUACCUUCAUUUCAACAACGAGAGACUCGUCAAGAGCGGAGCUACGCUCAUUGUUUGCCCCGAGUCUCUGAGACAGCAGUGGAUGGAUGAACUCGAACGCCAUGCCCCCCAUCUACUCGUCAGCUACUAUCCUGGUCGAGCUCAAUUUCGUAACCAAACCGAAGAGGAGGUGUUCCGAAACAUGGCGGCACACGACGUCAUUGUUACCACCUACAAGACGCUUACCGCCGAAAUCCACUACGCAACAAAACCACCAGAGAGAUCGAGGCGAAGAGAACGCGAAUACGAGCGCCCCAAAUCGCCCCUCACUCAGAUCUCGUGGUGGAGGCCGUUGUUUCAUAACCUCUUCCAUGACAUUGCGAUACGGCACACGAAGAAACUCGUCAGAGAUGAACUGGAACUCCCAGCUCAAAAGCGAUUCGUCAUUACGCUGCCCUUUACCGCCGUUGAAGAACAGCACUAUCAAUCAAUCUUUGCCGAGAUGGCCGAAGUGUGCGAUGUCGAUCUGGAUGGAAAUCCCAUGUUGGCCGACUGGGAUCCCAAGAGAUAUGAGGAAGCCAUGAGGACUUAUCUGAAUCGCUUGAGACAGGCAGCGCUGCAUCCCGAAGUCGGCGUUCAGAACCGCCGCGCUUUGGGUCACAGAGCAGGUCCCCUCCGCACCGUCGACGAAGUGUUGACUGCCAUGAUCGAGCAGAGCGAUGCUUCGAUUCGAACCGAACAACGAGCGUACUUCACCGCUAGACUCAACCAUGGCCAACUGCUCGAAAACGGUCCUCUCGUCAAAGAAGCGUUGGUGAUCUGGGACCAAACGAGGCGUGAAGUUGAAGAAGUGGUUGGGAAAUGCCGGCAAGAGCUCGAUGCUGCGAUGAACGCUGCUAAAAGGACCAUUUCUGAGAAUGGAUCCGUGUCCAACACGAAUGGCACUUGUGAUGAAGAUGUUGUCGAAGGACUGGACGAGUACCAAGCUAGCCCUGAGGUCGGCGAGGCUCUCAUGCGUCUUCGAUCAGCUUUAGAGGUCCAGCACCGAGCCAUAUUCUUCUGCGCAAAUGCGCGGUUUCAGAUCAAGUCCAACAGGGACUUUACUGAGCCUGACUCUGCCGAGUUCUCUGCACUGCAGAAGUUGGAAGAAGAAGGCUAUGAAACGGCAAAAGGGGUACGACGAGAGAUUUUGUCAGAGAACCACAGGAAGGCCACGAAAGCAAUGCGGAAGCUAGGGAAUGACGCUGUGUCGCAGAACUUUGUUACAAUACCAGAGCUGAUCCCGAACCCGGUCAAGGGUUUGGAAAGCGCCACAGUCGUGGAAAAGGUCGAGGAGCUUUAUGGCUUCUUGAACUUGCAAGCAAAUCUUAUUGACGAAUGGAGAGAAGUCAUCGUUGGUCUUCUCUUGCAACCUCUUGUGGACGAAGAAAAUGAAACAGAAACAACAGGCGAUGAGUUUGUCAAUUCCACGGCAAUACAAGAGCAACUAAUGGUUCAUGUUCAAGUGCUUCGAGCCACCAUAGCGGAUCGACAAGAUGCCAUCUCUGGCCUUCAGAAUAUGCUUGUCAAGCACGAGACUCAGACAACAAAGGCACUGGCCAUGGACGGUGAGGGUCCUGCACCAAAGACCUUGAUUGAGCUGCUAGACGUGCGAAAUAAAGUCAAGCCAUCACUAGAGAAGCACGGGUGUCUACGCGGCGCGAUUGGGGAACUACGUGCGCUCGCCGCUAGACUCCCGCCGCAUGAGCCUGGAAAGGAUAGCAGAGCAAAUAUGGAGCAUGCAGUGGUGAACAGGCAGAUCAAAGAUAUCCAGGCCCAGAUACAAGCCCAGACGAAAGCUUCUCAACGUCUGGAGCGGGAAUGCGACGAGUUCACCAACGCCAUGAACCUUCGGCUGGACUACUAUCGUCAACUGCAGGCCAUAUCAGACAGCGUUGAUGUUUAUGAAGGACCAAAGACGCAAGAUAUCUUGGCGAAAUGGGUCAAUGCUGCAGAGACGGCUCACCGCAAGCUCUCAUCCGCAGAAGCGAAGCAACGAUAUCUUGUCAGCCUCCGAGACGGCGGAGCAUCAAAAGCCAAUGAGCCGAAGAUGUGCAUCAUUUGCCAAACAGACUUCACAAUCGGGGUUCUUACUGUUUGUGGUCAUCAAUUCUGCAAGCAUUGCCUCAUGCUCUGGUUCAAAGCGCACCACAACUGCCCCAUGUGCAAACGAAAGCUCAAGAUCACCGAUCUCCACACCAUUACACUCAAGCCAAGAGAAUUGACUCUCCAUACCGAAGAUGUUCCAACGUCCACACCAGGAAAGAAACGCAGCGCAGCCCAUAACAAAUCAGCCAUUUACUCGGAAUUUGGCGCAGACAAGCUGGCACAGAUUAGAGACGUUGACUUGGAAGGCCCACCCUUGACCACAAAGGUUGAUUCCAUUGUUCGACACCUGCUCUGGCUCCGAGAAUCUGAUCCGGGGGCUAAAUCCAUUGUUUUCUCCCAAUAUCGAGACUUCCUACAAGUCAUAGGGUCCGCACUCUCUCGGUCUCGGAUCGGCUACACGUCGAUCGACAAGCCCAAUGGGGUCCAGCGUUUCAAAGAAGACGCGGGCUUGGAAUGCUUCCUGCUCCAUGGACGGGCCCAGUCAAGCGGCCUGAAUCUCGUGAACGCCAGCCACGUCUUCUUAUGCGAGCCGCUACUGAACACAGCGAUAGAAUUACAGGCCAUUGCUCGUGUGGAUCGGAUAGGUCAACAGCACGAAACAACGGUCUGGCUGUACCUGAUCGAAGGCACCGUGGAAGAGUCUAUUUACAAUCUUUCGGUCAAGAGACGCCUCCAGCAUCUGAGCUCCGUCACCAAGGGAAAAUCCAAAGAUUCCACCCCCGACGUGUUGGAACCGACGCUCGAAGCUGCGAACACGUUCGAGAUGGAAAAUGCAAGCCUCUCGAAACUGAUGAGCAAAGACCGAAGUGCCGGGGAGGCAGUCGACAAGGAAGACCUCUGGGAAUGUCUAUUUGGACACGUCGCAAGAGCAGCGAACUCGGAGUCGCGAGAAGAGCGGGGAGAGAACCCGGCAGUCAUGAAUCUCCUGGCGGCCGAGGCAGCCGAGUCGCGGCGGAUGAUGGAGAACGCCAGCCAGCUCGAAACAUGA